GUGCGCUGUUGAGAUAAUAAGGUUCGGGCUUUAGAAGAAUGACUCUUGAGGGCGACAGAGAAAUUUUGGAGGUGGAGCAGGAGCAGGAGCAGGAGCGGGCGCAAGAGCAGGCCCAAGAGCAGGCCCAGUCCGAAAAUACUGAGGACAGAGUUGUGAGGAGAGACGGUUUGUUUCCCUCCCUGCUGCGCGGCCUCUUUUGGCCCUUUGGCAUCGUUGUACGUGCAUACCGUGGGUUUUGGUGGGUGCUGGGUUUCCAGCAACCAAAGGAAAAAGUCAUUGUAAACCCUGCUGUUUCAAGCCCUGCACGCCACAGCCUCACAGGGCGCAAGCGCCUGAGCCGGGUCACCCGCCUGCUGCUGUCCGUCCUGCCCCGCUGGAUGCAGAGCGCCCUCGGCUACCCGGUGUCCAGCAGAAUUGGACUUUCGCUAUCCCCAGAAAUCAGAGUGUCUCCUGCUAAGCCUUGUGGAAAGGGCAGUAAGCGAAAGCAGGAUGAUGUGGAUGAGGACGAUGAUGACGUGGAAGAGGAGCAGCAGACUUGGGUGGAGGCACUUUCUCAAGAACUUGCUGAUGAGGGACCCGAGAUCGACCCUGACUAUGAGCCCAGUACUGUAGAAACAGAAAGUGAAGAGUACCGCUUGCACAACGACACAGAAAGUGACCUUGAGGUUUCGGAGAAGGGUGUCAUCAUUGAAGAUGUGAACAUGGGAGUUGGUGUGUCCAUUCCUGCUGAAGUCCCCUGCCCUGCUGUUUAAUGUGUCAUAUUGACAGUGUGUAUUCUCUUUUGUAUGUUUAUAUUUGGUAAUUCAAUAAAACUUUUCCCCUUUGCCUUGACCUGAUUGCAUCUUA